GCCGCUCAUUCGCAGCAAUGUCGAGCUCUGGGGCGGCUGUGUGGCUGGCUGCGCUGUGGCUGCUGCUCCUGGCGGGGCCGGGGCUGCGCGGGGAGCGCCUGGCCGGGGGGCUGCAGGAGGUGCCGAUCUCGGAUCCUGGGGUGCAGGCGGCCGUGCGGUUCGCGGUGGAGGCCUAUAACAAGGCCAGCAACAGCCUGCACUACUCCCGGGCGGAGCGGGUGCUGCGGGCCCUCAGCCAGGUGGUGGCUGGCAUGAAAUACUACCUGACCGUACAGCUGGUGACAACACAGUGCCGGAAAAAUGGGGCAGGCCUUGGAAACGGGGACAUCAGCACAUGCCCCUUGCCGCCAGCAUCAGAGCAACAGAAACUGCUCUGUGAGUUCCAGGUCUGGUCCCGUCCCUGGCUCAACGAGACACAGUUAUUAUCUCAGAACUGCUCUGUCUGACUCCUGACACCCGUCCCAUCUGACGACAGUGAACCGAUCUGCCAUUGAUCGAUGCUGCCUGGGGGUCACGCUGGCUCUCUCUUCUUCUAUUGUUGCCUCUUCUCUCUAAUCCCCAUAUUCCCCACCAGGAGGAGGAAGAUCAGGAUCUUACAUCUCCUCCUCUCCCCCCAUCUCCCCCUCUCGGAGCAGGUUUGGAAAUGGCUGGGCCCCUCUUCUCCUGUAGUGUCUGAUGGUUCAGCCUUGCUUAAUGACCAAACUGAAGCCCCUGGAUGCUUUCUGUCGUAGCUAAGAUUUGGCAUCCCCUAUGAUGUAGGGAAUAAAACUGAUCCACCAUGA